CAAGGCGGUUGUGUAGUAGCAAUCACAUUGAAACCUUCUCACUGUCAAGAAAUAAUUUGAGAUGACACUAAUAGAGAUAAAGCUCAUUACAGUUCUUCUGAUUUGCUUUCUGGCUGGAUUCAGCACUGUCCAAUAUUCAGUGAGUGUUGAGAGACCAUGUCCAAUGGAAACAGUCACUUUCACCUGCACUGCUCCUGGAGAUUCUUUGAGAUGGGUACUGUCAGAUGUUACUCCCAUCGAUAUCCUCUCCACCUCUGGUCUCAAUGUACCAGUAAUGCAGUCAGGUUACACUGUGACACUGAUUGCAUUCAACGACACUACAUUAACAUCUACUCUGUCCAGAACAGCAGAGAAUGGGAUCACUGUGUCCUGUGUGGACCUGCCUACAACAACUAUAGGAUCUUCAAUGAUCCGAUUGGUUGAUCUACCAGGAUCACCUUCCACCAUAAGACACUCCACUCAGAGCAGCUCAGCCAAUGAAUUCAGUGUAUCUGUACAGUGGGACCCACCUACUGAGACUGGUGGUAGAGAUGACCUCACCUACACAGUGACCGUCUCACCUCCGGCCCAGCUCUCUGCUACUGUCCUCACAUCUACCUCUGUCACCGUGACUGCUCAAUACAAUGUGGACUACACUGUCAGUGUUGUGGCUACCAAUUGUGCUGGGAACAGUACAACUGCUGACUACAACUUUAGGAUUGGUAAAUGUCCUGUGUUGACCAACCCCAUGAAUGGAGCCUUUGGACCAGUCUCCAGCAGAUUAUCAGGAUCCACAGUAACCAUCCAGUGUGAUGCUGGGUAUGUGUCUGUUGUUGCGAUAGUGACAUGUGAGGGUACACUGAUAUGGAGUCCAGACCCUGAGGCUAUUGAGUGUACAUCACUAACCACACCUACUCCCACAACUCGUUAGUUAAGCUUUUGGUAUACAUGAAUUCUAUUACACAUGCAGCCCCUCCAAUAAACGGCACGGCUCCACUAUCCCCACCACUUGAACCACCUACAGCUGCACCUUGUAAUUGUAAUUGUGCCAGCCUAUCUGAUGGGAGUCGAUUUGAUGCAGCUGUCUCCAUCAGUGUGGUUGUCACAGCAAUUGUAUUCAUGAUAAUAGGAUUAUUUGUGGGACUCUUGAUAAUGUAUUUGUUCAUGCAUAAGAAGAAUGUGUACUCCCCUUCAGCUAAAGAGCAAGCUAACGUAGGACCCACUGUACCAGCUGGUCCUGUUUAUGAGGAGGUGUCACCCAAGGAGGAGAUUGAACUAAAUACUAACCAGGCGUAUGGACCAGUAGGACUGUGAAAUUUCUAGUUAUUUUCAUCAACAGUUAAUGUACAUGUAUGUAAACAAUUAACGCAAUUAAUAUAGCACAUACUGCAACUGUUCAUUAUCAACAACUUAAGAACAAUGUAAACAGAGUUGUUGGCAUAAGUCAUGUAGCUACGUAGCUGUUUCAUUUUUCCUGGUCUGAAAGGAUUGCUUCAGCUGAAAAUACGCACCUCGAUUAAAGGCCAUGUGUAUAUUCAUACAUGUACAUGUGAAAGUGUCUUUGUUAACAAUAAAUUAUUCA